CUCACUGGCAACAGUCGUAGGUCAGAUGAUCGAGCUGCAUUGUAAAUAGACGGCAGUGAUCCUCCGUGGCCAUGCCCUCACAGCCUCUCUAGAUCACCCCCGACACCGCAGAUCAUCCACUCCGACACCGCCUGUCUUCGGACUCCGCCUCGGCCUCUGUCUCGGCUCACUUCGGCGUGUGAAAAAGUGUCAUUAAAAGUAUGUACCGGUCCCUGUACGCCUUCCGAUCCGCGGAACCCAACUCGCUGCACUUCGCGGCCGGAGAAAGCUUCCUAAUCCUGGAGAGGAGCAACAGUCACUGGUGGCUGGGGUCCCGCUGCAGCUCGGGGGAAACCGGCUACAUCCCCGCCUCGUACAUCGAGAAAAUACAGGCUCCAGAGCAGGAUGAGGUGUUGCAGUCUAUCGACAGAGCGAUCGAAGGCAUCCACAACGUGGCCUUAAAAAACGGAGGCAAAUACAAUCUGGAACAGCGAGAUGUUUUGCAAAAGUUGAUCCAUCACAGAAAGGAGACCCUUGCACGACGAAGUUCCUCCUCCUCCUCUUCCUCCUCCUCCUCCAGCCACAAACAUGGCCUCCCGUCCUCCUGCAGUGAAAUCUCUCUCAGUCAAACUCCUCCUCCUCCCAAUGGCCUUAACCGAGACUAUGGACGACAGGGAGGCGUGCCAAUAUCAGGAAGCAUGGACAAUAUGCAUGGAGAACAUGGCUUUUACCAGGUCCCCCCUCAGCCUCGACGUGCAGCUCCGAUCACCCCUCCUCCCCCCGAGAAACAGAGAAACAGCCGACCUGCAGCAGAGCCGGAGGUCCCCUCCAGAGUGUCCUCGCUUUCCCCGUCCCCUGUUCCCUCCCUCUCAAUCUGCACCACCUCUUUAGAGUCGGGCUCCUCCCACUCCCUGGUCUCUUCUGAUGUCAGUUUGCCAAGUGUUUCCAGCACCCCCCCUCCCCCUGUGCCAUCCCGCGUGAAGCCCCCCGCGCCGCUUCUGGACGGUUUGCCCUCUGACUCUCCUCCUCAGCAAGCUCCCGCAAAGAAAAGCCCGGCACCGCAGCCUCCCCAGCCCACCCCCACUUCACAGCCCGCUGUGGAGAACCAGCCAGAAAUCGAAUGGCCAGUUGCCCCCCCGUCUGUUGCUGAAAGCCCCCCUGGCAGCCCCACUAUCUCUGAGCCAGUUCCCAUGACGAUUGGGGCUGAACUGAUUGAGCUGGUACGGAAAAACACGGGCUUGAGUUACGAGCUGUCGCGGGUCGCCGUUGGCGUGGUGGUCGGCCAUCUGCAGACCGCUCUGCCUCAAUCAUCCUCGGCCUUGGAGCAAGUUCUCCUCUCGCUGGUGGACAGCAAGGAUUUGAGAGCAGCGCUGCCGCGGGGCCAGGUGUGUCAUGACGAACAGCGGCUGGAGGUAAUCUUCAGCGACCUCGCCCGUCACCGGGGCGACUCCCAGCAGCGCAGCUGGGCGCUUCACGAAGACCGCGCUCUGAUCGCCUGCUACCUGGAGGAGCUGCUGAAGAUAAUGACUGAUGCAGAUCCAGAGGUGUGUAAGAGGAUGUGCAAGGCCAACCACUUUGAGAGUGUCCUCUCUCUGGUUUCAUAUUAUCAGAUGGAGCAUCGUGUGUCGCUGCGACUGCUGCUGCUCAAAGUGUUCGGUGCGAUGUGCAGUCUAGACGCUGCCCUCAUCUCCACCCUCCUCAACUCCAUUCUGCCCAUGGAGCUGGCCAGAGACCUACAGAAUGACACACAAGAGCACCAGAAGAUGUGUUACACAGCUCUGGUACUGACUAUGAUCUUCUCAAUGGGCGAGCAGGUGCCAUAUCAUCACUAUGAACACUUGAAUGCUGACUUUGUUCAGUUUCUGCUGGAUGUUGUGGAGGACGGGCUUCCCUCUGAUCCCUCAGAGCAGCUGCCCGACGCCUUCCUGAACCUCCUGCUGGCCUUCAACCUGCACCACACAACACCCAGCAACAAUGUGAUCAUGCAGGAGGUGAAGAAGAAAAAUCUCAAGAUCCUGUCCGAGAAAGUGCUGCUGCUUCUGAACAGAGGCGACGACCCCGUGUGUAUGUUCAAACACACCCCGCCUGCACCACACUCGGUGCUUAAGUUUCUGCAGGAUGUUUUUGCCAGCAGAGAGACGGCUGACAUCUUCUACCGCACUGACAUGAUGGUGAUGAUCGACAUCGCUGUCCGCCAAAUAUCUGACCUUUCACCUGGAGACAAGCUGCGGAUGGAGUACCUCUCCCUCAUGCACUCCAUAAUGCGCUCGACGGACUACCUUGAGCACCAGCACCGCCUGCCCGACCUGCAGGGGGCACUGCAGAGGAUUCUCAGGGAGGAGGAAGAUCCGGGAGAGGAGGAGGGGAGCGCCACAGCGAAACAGAUGGAUAAGCUAAUUGUAAAGCAGAUCUACAAGGAGUUCCCGCGGAUCUGUGAGAACCAGGACUAACCAUAUCUGUAUUAUGCUCACACACUGUAGUCUGCUCCCAUCUACUGCAGGGAGGUACGAUAAAGCUUGAAAGAAGAUGAACUGAUGUUUGAUGGGACGCCCUGUAAUCUGUGCCAGCCUGAGAAGUAAACCAGUUUUGCCAAUGUGUUCUUGGACUCAUAGUCCAGAUGUUGUCUAAAAUAUGUUGCUGUUUUUUUACAGCUUUCUCCUCUCAAAUAAGUUUUAUUUGAGUAGUUUGAAGGAUGUCUUUGGUGAGUGUCAAGAAGGGAAAAAUACAUACAAUGCACCCAGAAGAACUGUGAGGUUUAGUCAUACGUGUACAUUAAAAAUAGCCAAAACCUAGGCCAAGCUUACAAGCUAUUCUCACAGUGAAUUCUUAGCAAUAAUAACCUUGAAGAUCCUACUUAAAAUGAUUAAAGUAACAGAACCAACGACUUAACCUUAUUCUAACCAAAUCAAAUUGAUUUUAAAACAAAUCUUAUGUUUUGUUAUUAAAAAAAGGCAGAUUUGAAAUUAUAUUCAAAUUUAUUUUUUAAAAAGCCACUGCCCCUUUAUGUGCUUCCCUGAUAGUGGGACCAAACUACUGUGUGUUACUGAGAGCAUUUUUUCUUUUAAAGAGUACAGUGCGCCCAAAACUGACAUCCUCUUUCCUCCACCCCCUAAUUCAGUAUAUUUAAAACUAAAAUCAAGCUGGACAAGUGAACUAUCAUAGUGAGAAACAGCACACGCUGACUCACGUGUUAUCAUUACUAAGCUUAUGGCUGGGUAACUUGCUGCUAUAUAUUGAGUCUCUCCUGUGGCUCUGUCUGGUACGUUUGUCUCUUUUUUGCUUUUCAGACACUUAAAGAUGAUCGCUCUGUACUUACAUAUCCUAAGCUCCUCAAGCGUCAGAAGUCAUUGACUGUUUACAGAGUAAUGUCCGUUGGACUCAAGGGUUUUGUCCCUAUGCUGCAUUUACAUUCAGCCUAAGUUUGCUGCAAUAAGGCUUUUAACAACUUGCUGUAACAUAUGAGUAUUGGCUGACGUAAGGGGAAAAAAGUGUUUUGCAGAUAUUAUCUAAAACAAUUAAUUAGCCAGUGCUGUUUGUUCCAGUUAAUCUCAAUGUCUUACUGAAAAUCAAGACGAGGCAAAACAGGGCAUUUCUUUUAUCUCCUUGUGGUCUUAUUCUUUUAACAGCAACAUAUCUCUUGACUUAUUUCCUCCUUAUAAUGUAGCGAUUGAUGUUGUUCUCCCAUGUUACACUUAACUUGUCUGUUUUUGUCCCUGGCAUGGCUUUCUCAUCUGGAAAUGUGUCUGAUAAGGUCGACACAUUCCAGAAGUGACAUCAGAUGUCCAAGUUCUCAUUCAUUCACCUUUUGUGUUCAUCGUUUAGCGAGAUGAACGUUUCCUUUCCAUGAUAAUAAAUCUAAUAAAGCUAUAUUUUAACAGUG